AUGGAGGAUCUUCACAAGCUGUACCCAGAAGCCUUGCCGAACAUACCGAUUUCAAUAAUCAAAGGGACGCCUGUAGACAAGAGAGUAGCACAUUUCUGCAAGGCAUUGACAUAUAUUAGAGAUUCAUGGAUGGUCAGAUUCAGAUACGAUAGAACUUGUAAAAUGGAGAACACCAAUGGGGAACAACUUGUUGAUGUAGCGUUCGCAACAUUUGAUUACAUGACUAAGGCAGCAAGAGAACUGUUUGACAUCCUGGAAGAUGAAGAGCUGAAGAAUGAUUAUAGCUCGCUGGCUAGCACAUUGAAACAGUCCUAUUCCUAUUCCAGCAAACCUGCUCGAACAGGAAUUCCAGGGGCUGCGCCACCACCAGCCUAUAUCUCCAAAGAAAGGGCGCAAUCGACAGUGCCACCAGUAAUGCCUUCAAAAGGAUCAGUACCAAAUGCAAUGCCACUCAGCAAGGGUCUUCCUCCUCCACCUCCACCACCACCACCACCACCACCACCGGUAUUGCCUUCGAAAGGAUUGGUCCCAAAUGGCAUGCCGCUCAAAAAUGUUCCUGCCCUACCUCCACUACCAACUAUGCCUUCGAAAGGAUCGGCACCAAAUAGAAUGCCGCUAGGAAAUGCUCCUCCUCCACCUCCAUCACCAGGAAUGCCACUUGGAAAGGGUGCUCCGUCUCCUCCUCCACCACCACCACAAUCAGGAAUGCCUUUGAAAGGAUCGACACCAAAUGGCAUGCCGCUCGGAAAUGUCCCUGCCCCACCUCCACCGCCAAUGAUGCCUUCGAAAGGAACAACACCAAACUCCGUGCCGCUUAAAAAGGCGCCUCCGCCUCCUACGCCACCUUUAAUGCCUUCAAAAGGAUCAGUACCAAAUGCAAUGCCACUCAAGAGCCCUGGCCCCCCUCCACCGCCCCAACUCGGUGCUGGUAAGUCUCUGUUUCAAAAACGACCCACUACCAAAUUGAAGAGGUCCACCCAGAUGCCGAACCUGUUUCGCGAUCUCCGGAGCAAGAUGGAAGGAUCUAGUCUAACUGUUAAGACAACUAAUGUAAGAAAGGUGCAGCUCGGAGGUUCUAAGGGUGGCAAAGAAGGAUUGGGAGCUUCACUAGCAGAAAUAACAAAAAGAUCAACAUACUUCCAACAAAUUGAAGAUGAUAUAAAGAAAUAUUCAAAAUCGAUCAUGGAGUUGAAGGCAGAUAUCAAUUCUUUUCAAACUAAGGACAUGAUGAAGCUGCUCAAGUUUCAAACCAAUGUGGAAUCCAUUCUUCAAGUCCUAACUGAUGAAUCACAGGUGCUAGCAAAGUUUGAAGGUUUCCCUUCAAAGAAGUUGGAAACAUUAAGAACAGCAGCUGCCCUGUACUCGAAAUUCGACAAGAUAGUCACUACCUUGAAGAAUUGGGAGACAGUGCCACCCUUGGGACAGCUUUUGGACAAGGUUGAGAAAUAUUUGAGUAAGAUCAAACUAGAGCUGGAUGCUUUUGAACGCAACAAGGACGAAGAAUCCAAAAAAUUUAAGAGCCACAGCAUUGAAUUUGACUUCCACGUGGUCACCAAGAUUAAAGAACUAAUGGUAGAUCUUUCUUCCAGCUGCAUAGAGCUAGCACUUAAGGAGAGGAGAGAAUCAAAAGCAGGAAUUGAAAAUGAAGAAAGUACUGGGGCUAAAGCAGAUCAGAAAGCUAAAGAAAGCAUUAAAAUUCUCUGGAGAGUUUUUCAGUUGGCAUUUCGAGUGUAUAGUUUCGCUGGCGGACAGGAUGAUCGUGCUGAAAAGUUGGCCAAAGAAUUGGCUGAUGAAAUCUUAUUUGAUUCACCAUACCUAUAA